CCACCCCUCCUCCGGCCGCAGAGAAGGGCAUGGAGUUGGCGGGAGCCUAUAAAAGCCCCUGAGAGCGUGCUGGGGCCACGGCGCUGUGACAUCCUCCACCGGCAGAGCAGGGCUGUGCACCAUGUCCCACCACUGGGGAUACGGCAGCCACGACGGACCAGCUCACUGGCAUGAGCACUUUCCCAUCGCCAAUGGAGAGCGCCAGUCCCCAAUUGACAUCUGCCGCAAGUCCGUCAAGUACGACUCCUCUCUGAAGCCUCUUAGCUUCAGUUAUGAUGCCAGCACGGCCAGAAACAUCGUCAACAACGGGCACUCCUUCAACGUGGAGUUUGAUGAUUCUUCUGACAAGUCAGUGCUGCAAGGAGGAGCGCUGGAUGGAGUUUAUAGGCUGGUGCAGUUUCACAUUCACUGGGGAUCCUGUGAUGGCCAGGGAUCUGAGCACACUGUGGAUGGUGUGAAGUAUGAGGCAGAGCUCCAUAUUGUUCACUGGAAUGUAAAAUAUGGCAAAUUUGCUGAAGCUGUGAAGCAUCCUGAUGGUUUAGCUGUGGUGGGCAUCUUCAUGAAGGUGGGAAAUGCCAAGCCUGAGAUGCAGAAGGUUGUGGAUGCUCUGAGCUCCAUUCAAACCAAGGGAAAACAAGCUCCCUUUACAAAUUUUGACCCCACUGGACUCCUUCCUGCAUGCAGAGACUACUGGACAUACCCUGGCUCACUGACCACUCCACCACUGCUUGAAUGUGUGAUCUGGCACGUUCUGAAGGAGCCCAUCACAGUGAGCUCUGAGCAGAUGUGCAAACUCCGUGGCCUUUGCUUCAAUGCUGAGAAUGAGCCCGUGUGCCAUAUGGUGGACAACUGGCGCCCAUGUCAGCCUUUGAAGAACAGAGAAGUCAGAGCCUCCUUCCAGUAACCUCGGUGCUGAGAGUGUUAGGAAUUGCUGUGUUUGUGAGGAGCCCCUUUUGCUAAACCCAAAUCAAACUUUGCCAUGUGUGCCCAGGCAACAUCUCGUCUCCCAGAUCCAUUCUUUCUUUUGCUCUGCAUCUGAAAUGCCAGCUAAUGAAAUGUGAAAGGCUCUUGGCCAAAUGGGAAAGGGUUCUUAAGGUGUGGGGUGGGGGGAGGCAGGGGGUGGGUGGCUGUGUGCAUUUUGGUGACUAUUACUGCGACUGACAUUUUGGUAUAAGAGUAUGUUGGCUACUUGGGAGAGGAUAUGGUGGUAGCAAAAUAAGCCAUUUUAAGAAACCUCAUCCACUGGUGUGAUAGUACACGUAACUAAUGAUAACUUGAAGCUUUGUAAGAAGCACAGGAGUACAGAAUCUAGCUAUAAUUUAGGAAAAAAAGUAUUUUGAGAAAGUUAAGCAAAAUGAAUAUUUAGAACUAGACUUCUUAGAUUUUAAGAAACUGACGUAAAUAUUUUUGAGACUGUUUUGCAUUUUUACCCAUGCUGUCAACAGCCUUAGUUGUGUCUUAAUGGUAGUGUUGGGAUUUUUAAUUAAAAAUGUUCUAAAUCAAAUGUUUUCUUUAAAAGUUGUUAUUACCAUAGAAAUAAUACAAAAUAUCUUUUCAUUGAAAUAAUAUAUGUUCUAAUUUAAAAA